AUGGCGACCUCUAAUAAGCCAAUAUCGCUGGCUGGGCCGUUGGAUGCUGAUGUCCAGAGGACGGCUGAAUUGAACAAGUUCUUGGUUGAAGCGGGCUUAUAUGAAAGUGCCGAUGAGUCUGCUAGGCGGGAGGAGGUGCUGGGGGAGCUUGACAAGAUUGUAAAAGAUUGGGUGAAACAGUUAACUAGUCAGAGAGGAUAUACUGAUCAAAUGAUUGAAGAGGCAAAUGCCGUGCUUUUCACCUUUGGGUCAUACCGUCUAGGGGUCCAUGGACCUGGGGCUGACAUCGAUACUCUAUGUGUUGGACCUUCAUAUGUGAAUCGCGAGGAGGACUUCUUUAUUGUACUGCAUGACAUAUUAGCACAAACGGAGGAAGUGUCUGAAUUGCAACCUGUACCUGAUGCACAUGUACCUGUGAUGAAAUUUAAGUUCCAUGGGAUAUCCAUCGAUCUUCUUUAUGCCAGCGUUUCUCUCUUAGUAGUACCAUCUGAUUUGGAUAUCUCUCAGGAAGCAGUGCUUUAUGACAUUGAUGAGGCAACUGUUCGUAGUCUUACUGGCUGCAGAGUGGCUGACCAAAUUCUUAGGCUUGUUCCGAAUAUUGAGAGCUUUCGAACAACACUAAGGUGUUUAAAGCACUGGGCAAGAAGAAGAGGUGUUUACUCUAAUGUCACUGGUUUUCUUGGAGGUGUGAAUUGGGCUUUACUGGUUGCACGAGUCUGCCAGCUCUAUCCUAAUGCUGUGCCAAGUAUGCUGGUCUCGAGAUUCUUCAGGGUUUUUACCCAGUGGCGCUGGCCAACUCCAGUGAUGCUUUGUGCCAUUGAGGAGGAGGAACUUGGCUUUCCUGUGUGGGAUCCACGCAAAAAUCCUCGUGACAGAACUCAUCAUAUGCCAAUUAUCACUCCAGCAUAUCCAUGCAUGAACUCCAGCUAUAAUGUUUCGACGAGCACGCUGAGGGUUAUGAUAGAACAAUUCCAGUUUGGCAAUAAAAUAUGCCAGGAAAUUGAGAUGAAUAAGGCUAGUUGGUCUGCCCUUUUUGAGCCUUUUAAUUUUUUUGAGGCGUAUAAAAAUUAUCUGCAAGUUGACAUCAUCGCUGAGGAUGAUGCAGAUCUCAGACUCUGGAAGGGAUGGGUCGAGUCUCGAUUGAGGCAACUGACUUUAAAGAUUGAACGGGACACCUAUGGGAAAUUGCAAUGCCAUCCAUACCCAUAUGAGUAUGCAGAUCCUUCUAGACAGUGUGCUCAUUGUGCUUUCUUCAUGGGCUUAUCAAGGAAAGAAGGUGUGAAAAUACAAGAAGGUCAGCAGUUUGAUAUUCGUGGAACAGUUGAUGAGUUCAGGCAUGAGAUCAACAUGUAUAUGUUCUGGAAACCUGGGAUGGAGUUGGCUGUUUCUCAUGUUCGGAGGAAAGAGAUUCCAGCUUAUGUGUUUCCAGAAGGAUACAAGAGACCUCGUCCCCAAAGGCAUGUGAACCAUCAACACCAGUCUGAUAAAAAUAACACUGCAAAUGGCACAUUGACUGGAUCUCCAGACAGCCAGCUGAAGAGAAAGCAUGAUACUACUGGGAUUGAUGAUACCGAACCUUGCCGAUCUGUUAAGAGGGCUUCAAUCAGCCCAGUUCACCCAAAAACUUUAUCACCUCGGUCGGGCAACAUUAGUGAUGAGCCCAGAAGUGACAGCCAACAGAAAGUUACUUCUAAUGCAAGCGGUGGGAGUCAGGAUUCACCUGGCAGUGGCAAUCGAGAUAAAACAAAGUGUUCAAGUUCAUCACAUGCAUCUGAGAAAAGCUUGGAUUCAGUCGCAUCAGGCUCCAAGUGUGUGAAAAUGGAAGCGGUUUGUUCUGAUGACGUAACUAGCAAGCAUGUCGAUUGUAUUUCACCUGUCAAGGACAGCACUGCUCCAACCGUAGCAGUGAGUACAACUUUAAAGCGUGUUGCCGAGAAGGUCGUUUUGGAGCUUGUUGGAAGUGAAAGCAUUGGCGGCAAUAAUGCAGAGUUACUGCAGAUUGCAGAAAAGGACAUGGGAAAUGUCCUUGUUGAAAAUCUACACUUUGGUGGGAAUGGAGUUCCUCAGAGCGGCCUCCCUGAAGAAUUAGAGUGUGAAGUCAGAUGGAUCCCAGAAGUCGUCAUUGAGAUCUGCAAACACUGGGGACUUGGAAGGAAGAUGGUGGUAAAAUCAUGUCUGGCAAUGGCAUGGCAAAAACAACAAACAAGUGAAGUUUCUUUCAUGGAAGGUCGCAAGAUCUUUGCCAACUCUAGUCUAGAUCUGUGGCAAGUUCGUUUAUGGAACCAGCUCGCUCCGCAGCUUAAUUUGUCGAUUCUGUCUGGAGUUGCGGUGUAG